GUGAAUUCACCUCCUCACCGGGAAGACUCUUCAUCCGACCGAUCGCAAUCAGGAAGAAUGUGACCGGGAACAUCCCCUUUGUCUCAACUGAUCUCUCUCCGUCAUCAUGUUGUGUCUCUUUCCUCGUUCUUUGUUAGCGACCUUAACAUCUCGGAUCGCCCUCUAAACACGCUGUGAUCGUGGCUGUGGAGGUGUUGCUGUCUACCCCGCCGGAGCGACAAGACAACCUGCAAUAAGGCGACAACCAACACCCCCUUUCUAGCUGUGACCUGCGAGUCACCGAUUUACCAAAUUCGAACUCGCUCAAUUUUACAUUGAUCACCUUUGCCUCUUUACAACUGCCUCUCCUAUAUCUUGUCCAACUUUGUGUUGUCUUCAACAAUCACUUUUUGUUUUGCUUCUCCCGACGGGUGCCUUAUACUGCCGUCAUGGGGAAACCCCCCGCCGCCAUCAUCAUUGCUAGACAUGGCGCUCGCCUGGACGCUGCCGACAAGAACUGGCAUUUGACAUCUCCCACUCCUUACGAUCCUCCCCUCUCCUACGGCGGCUGGUUACAGUCCCGCGCUCUUGGUGCUAGAAUAGUCGAUCUUCUACAGUCCCUAGACGAUGAGAUAGACGUCUCGAAACAGAACGAUGCUGCACGGAAACAAUUCCUCGACGGGGUGAAGCCUCCACCGCGCAAGCGCCGAGUCAUCAUCCAUACCUCUCCAUUCCUUCGUUGCCUUCAGACAGCUAUCGCAGUCAGCUCAGGAAUUUGCCAAAAUUCACCGGAACCGGACGAGUACCACCGGCCGUAUGGCUCGCUUGCAGGCCAGAUUCAUCAUGCGACUCCCGGAUCCCUAAAGAACUUGACUUUGGACACUCCUCCAAGCUCGAGCCCCAGGUCUAGCAUGGACAAUACGCGAUGCCUUUUGCGUGUUGACGCUUUUCUCGGAGAAUGGCUCAGUCCUGACUAUUUCGAACAAAUUGUGCCUCCUCCAUCCUCCGACCGGUUGAUCGCCGCCGCCAAGAUUGAGCUGUUAAGACGUGAGCAACAUUUUGUCCCGGUGGCAGACACAACGUCCCGACCAUCGGUUGGCUUCUUCCCGGGUGGUUGGGGAAGCGUUUCAACUCCAGCGUCUCCUGCUCCCGACCUCAACGCGCCCAAUGAGGUUGAGUCUACAUCGACAACACAGUCGGUACCGGGGCACAGAACUCGUGCGGGUAGCUGUGACGCUUUGGGCGCUGGUGACGCCCCUCGUAGCAAGAGACUACUGAACAAAAUCAACACCAAUUUAUCGCCCAUCCCCGACAGCGCAUAUGUGCCCCCGACUCCAAGCUAUGCCAUUUCUCCUUCCAAUCCAAUACCUGCUGGAUAUGUGACGCAUGCCCGUGAUGCCUGCGUCAAUGUCGACUACCAAUGGGACAGCAUGCGUGGUGACCAAAAUUGGGGGAAUGGAGGCGAAUAUGGGGAGGAAUGGAGCUCAAUGCAUGCAAGAUUUCGCAAUGGGAUGGAGCGCAUGGUUAGCUGGUACGACGAACAUGAUUUCACAGGUUCUACCCGCCAGAGUCAGCGCCAUUCGCAGAUGUUGAACGGAACCGGCGACAUCAAUCACCUCGACGAUACUGACGACGAAAUUGAGACCAUUCUGGUUGUUAUUACGCAUGGAGCUGGCUGCAAUGCACUCAUUGGGGCAAUAUCCGGGGAGCCAGCACUGGUCGAUAUUGGCACAGCGUCUCUCACCCUGGCAGUGCGCUACCCUGACCUGCACGAGUCCACUGGCACCGCAUCAACUGUGUCUGUUGGGUCCCUAGGCUCCGAGCAGUCUUUCGAAGAGCCGUCCAAUUUGCAAAGUUAUCGCUUGAAAAAGGUAGCUUCGACCGAGCAUUUACGGACUGGAGUUAGCAACCCCGGUGUUUCGUCACCGGUCAACCUCGCAUCACCAGGCAUUCCAACCUAUCGCCAGCGUGCUGCCCCGCGAAAGUCGAUGUCGCAGGGGAUGUUCAUCAUCGGCCCCUCCUCCACAUCUGGCAUGGGGUCCCAGUCGUGGAAAGCAGCACGGCCCUCGACCGCUGUAACCCCCAGUGGUUCAACGGGGCUAUGGGGGUCCGUCUCUGCCUCAGCUGAGCCAGCAGAUGACAUUGUGCCCAACUUCGGCGAUUGGACCACGCCAGCUUCUACAUCGUCUACGAAUGAAAUCGGUCUGGCUGUGGAUAAGCCGGCCGCCACUGGACAAACCUGGACCAGUCAAAUGCCGCAGCGAACCAUGUCGCAGCGUGGUCUGUGGGGUAGCGAACCCCUGCCAAAGGAUCGAGAAGCGGGCACCAAACGGCGCUGGACCGUGACGGAACGACGAAGGCUGUGAUUUAGCAUGUGAUCCUGCACGUUAGCUUCUUGGCGUGGGAAGCAUAGUCCGUGGACGUCAAUUCAUGAUUUUACGAACUACCGAGGAGGGGAUUUACAAGGUUAACUAGGCCCAAUCAUGUAGCUCAGACUCUCGGCUAUCAAGGGAUGUAUGUACUAACUAAUGGUUUUGAAAAACACAAUAUACCCCAAUCAAUC